AUGCUUUCUAUUCUAGAUAAUUCGUUGCGUGCAGCCAAUUUUUUGUUUCUGAUCAUCGUUUUGGCGUUAACCGGUUCAUUAAUCAAUGGGCAAAAUCGUUCACACUCUAGAGUAAACUUUGGGUUGUUCACGGCUAUUUUUGCGCUGUUGUUUGAUUCGCUUUACUCGGUAUUGGCUAACUUCAUCUCUGCGCUUGCCUGGCCCAUUUUGCUCAUCACUACUGAUGUGCUAAACUUGAUCUUCACUUUUGCUGCUGCAACUGCUCUGGGCGCUGCGAUUGGGCCACAUUCAUGUUCCAACUCAGGCUUUCUUAGGGGAAAUGAUAUUUCUGAAGGUAGGGAGGGUAGAUGCAGGAAAGUUCAAGCUUCUUCUGUGUUCUUAUUCUUUUCUUUCUUCAUCUUUUUGGCCAAAGCUGUGCUUUCUGGUCUAAAUAUUGUUUCAACUGGAGCAUUUAGCUCUGGGUCCGGUAGAAAGACUGGAGGUGGCGUGCCAACUAUUUCCCAAGUCUAG